AUGUCAGAGAAGAGCGUUCAUCUUCCUCAGGAACUGGUUGUUGAAAUACUAUUAAGGUUGCCGGUGAAGACUGUACUACGAUGCAAGUGCGUCUGUAAGUCGUGGCUUUCUCUCAUCUCUAAUCCUCAUUUUGCAACUUCACAUUUUCAACUUGCUGCCACACCGCCCACAGAGAGACUUAUUUGCUUGGAAACUUUUUCUAAUGAAACCAUAUCCAUAGAUUUUAAUGCAUCAUUUAAUGAUGAUUCAUCAUAUUCUUCGCCGAGCCUUGAUUUUUUGAGUGGUGUACGUCGUCCUAAAAUUAGAGGUUCGUGUAGAGGGUUUUUGUUAUUGCAGUAUGGUACAAACUUCUGCAUAUGGAAUCCAUCCACGGGUGUUCACAGACAAAUACCUGAGUCUCUAAUGGCUUCUCUCUCCACUGAUUAUUUUUCAAGGACUCUGUGUGGCUUUGCAUACGAGCCAUCUGCAGAUGAUUACUUAGUAGUUUUGGGGUCCAACAACUACAAUGUUUCUUAUGAUAGUUUGAUUUACGUGGAAGUUUUCUCGUUGAAAGCUAAUAAGUGGAAACUAAUUGUGGGUGGUUCUCAUUUUCCUUGUAGGAUUAGUAUUGACAGAUUAGGGUUGCUCUUGAAUAAUGUUAUUCAUUGGUUGGUUUAUAAUCACGAGACGGAAAGGUAUGUUAUUAGUGCCUUUGAUUUGCAGGAAAUGAGAAUGUCUGAGAUAGCUUUGCCAUAUUGUUUUGAUGUUAGUUAUAUUUCUUUAAUUGAAUAUGAUUUGUUGGUACUUGGAGGACUUAUAAGUGCAUUGAAUAUGGAGAAGUAUACAGUUGAAGUUUGGGUAUUGAAAGACUAUGCGGAUCAUUCAAGUUGGACUAAGACUCUUACUUUAUCUAUGGAUUCAUACUUUUUUCCUGUAUGCUUUACAAAUUGUGGUAAUAUAAUUGGUACAGAUGGUGAAGGUCGAUUGUUGAAGUUUAAUGAUAAAUUACAGCUGCUAGAACAUCAAUUCUAUUGUGACAUUUAUUUUAACAGAUCCCAUUUGGUGUUAUAUAGAGAGUCUCUGCUUUAA